AUGGCUACCGCUCCCUCGACAAACAGCUGGCUCAAGGCCCAGCGCAAGGGCGACUUGCAGAACCUUGCGGAGAAACUCAACCUCAAAAUACCCAAUGGCAAGUUGAAGAGUGAAAUCGAGGCCACCCUCGACAGCUACCUCGCUGACAACGCCGCCACCUUGUCGUCGCGCUCCGACCUGGCCGGCUACUACAGCAGCCGCUCCAAGGCCCUCGGCUCCCCUCUGAAGCGCGAUUCCCAGUCACGCCGCGAAUCGAUUGGGGAAGACGUCGAGAAGACCCUCAAGGUCGCCAGGAGGAAGGCCUCCAAGGCCGCAGAGGACAUGGUCAACGAAGUCGAGACUGGCUCCACCGCCCUCGUCCAGACACCCGGUCGCACGCUGUCGCAACAAGUCGCGCGCAUCCCCCUGCCUGCGACGCCGGCCGACGUUGCCCGCGCUGUCGACAACUCGACCGUGGCCGUCCGCAACCACGUCUCGUCCCUGUACCGCGACUCGGGCGUGGGCGAGACCACCGUCGCCGCGCGCGACACCAUCUCCAGCGUCCACGCGCUCGUCCUCAUCGUCGCCGCGACCGAGCUCUUCUUCAUCCGCCCUGCCGUCCUGCCCGACGUCUACGCCUUCACCAUCCCCGCCAGCGUCAACAUCAUCGGCCGCGCAGACUACCCCGUCUACCUGCCCGACAUGUUCGCCCUCGUCUCCCAGUUCUUCUGGUCGCCCGCCCUCGUCUGGUUCUUCACCAGCUUCAUCGUGCCCACCUUUGCCGGCUUCUUCUUCAACCUGGGCGCCACCGCUCCCCACAGCGCCUCGGCACCUGGCGCGCGCACCCGCGCCCGCGCCGCCGCGCAGGGUCCUGAGUACCGCGUCGACCCCCUGACCUUUAGCAUCGCCAAGGCCCUGGUCUCCUUCCUCGUCUACGGACAGGGCGUGACCUUUUGGGGUCUGCUGCCCGAGACCUCCAUUGCGAGGCUGAACGGCGCCGUCUACGGCGGCUACCAGGGUAUGCUGACCGGCGCCGCCAUCACCGGCAUCGCCAGCUUCUACGAUGCCAUCCUCAAGAAAUAG